AGAACUAACUCCGCGGUGUGCACACAGCCGUGUAUUGCUGCGGCCGGGUAAGCCUAGCCUACGUCGAUCCCUCUUCGGGUCGGGCUGAGUGCGGCGACUCCGCAAAGUGCAAAAGCGAGUAGUCGCUUAAGCCCGUUCCGUUGGGCCAAUGCAUUAUAGUAUUGCGUGUGAGCGCCGGUAAACAGGUGCCUCUGCCCCUCCGACGUCAUCGCUCACGGAAUCCCAUCGGAAACUCGACAUGCCCGCUACACGUUCGCGGUUGAAGGUGCGACGGAGGGUGUGAUUGGAAACGAGGAAGAACAGUGCGAUGCUCCAUACGAUCGUAACAUUUGAUCGUAAGAUCUGAUCGUAAGAGAGAAGAUCGAAGCAAGCCGGUCAAGCAGGCAGGUAGGGACACUCUCGCCGGACAGCUAAACUAAGGCAAGAACGCCAGUCUGAAGGGACUCCACCAUGCUGCCGAUAGUGGCCGUAUUGUUGGCGGUAGCAGUAUGCCUAAUUUCUGCCGGCACCAUCGCCUGGCUCUACCUCCGCUUGGUCAGGCAGAUGUACCGGGAGGACCACAAGGGCUCGUACGAGCCGGCCAAGAUGCAGGAAAAGGUUCUUGGCAAAUCGCUCUAUCUCAUCAACGGAAAAGCGAAGACAGCCGCGUCCGACGAAACCGACAAGGACGUCAAAGCGGCCGAACAGGAACCGUCGGACUCCAGCGUGACACUGCUGUCAGUCACACCGCGAGAGCCAGAAGACGGGAUCGCACUCAACGGCAGCUUCGACGAGUUGGACCAAUCACGGACGGCCUCCGGUGAGCACUCUUCGGAGAACCGUCCAAUGACUUCAACACCUGCUGAUGGAAUUAGCGUGCGUCACUCCGCGGGGACACAGGUGCACAUUGCUUACGCGGGACGAUCCCUCCGUUACGAACCGAUCUCUGCGAUGGAAGAUGACCACAUUCAAAGUGCAGCGUCAUCCGUCACAGGAGACCCAGACAAACGGGCGACACACACCAUCGAGUCGGCUGCCAGGAGCCGCAGCGCAUGCGUAUCAACGGCCAUAACGCACCGCGAAGAAGCAACGAGUGAGAAUGUUGAACUGUCGCUGUCACCGAUGCUCUGGGACUACGCGGGCUUCGAAUGGCCCGUGAAGAAUCGGGAAGACGUCUUCACCGCGGAUGUGGAUCCUCCCACCAGCUCAGAGUGCAGCGCCGCCUGCUGCGAAGACCACGAAGAAGAGGAGGAAGACUCGGAUGGCCACUCGAGCACAUCGGGGGUGCACCGAGUCCUGCGAAAGACGGAACGUUCGUACUCGUGCUACCCGUUCGUAGAACACUGCCCGCGUCAAGUGCAGGACCCGAGGAGCAUCCAGUUCGUACCACCGGAAUGCGCCCUAGUGCACUGCAGCACCGCUGCGUCAACGGGAAGCUUGCCCAUAUCAGAGGAAGACGAAGCUGACCAAGCGUUCUUCGGCAAGGCCCUGCACGACGAGACCUACAGGCAGUACCUGGAAAGUAUCAUUUUGAAGCGAAAAGCGCGAAUGUACUACGGACCGUACGGCCAUAUUCCUUAUUCCUGAAUAUUAUAC